GGCGGCGGGGGGGCAGCGCGGCGAGAGGCUGAGGCGGCAGCGGCGGGGACGGGCGAACUGACGGAGGCAGGGAGGGCAGCCCGGCACCGAGUAUCCCGCCGGCACCGAACCGCCGCCGGCAGCGAGCCGGGACAGGCAGGGGGAGGCCGCCGCCGGCCUGCGGGGCCCCGCGGCGGAGCGGCCCUGCCCGGGGGAUGCCCUGGGGGCGGCGCGGGGCCGGGCCGGCGGCAGCGGCGGGCAGGGCCAGGCCGGGCGCGGGAGGGCGGCAGGGCCGGGGCUGCGGCGGGACCUGCAGCCCCCGGCCAUGGAGCCGCAGGUGGGGCUGCCGGGGAAGGGGGGGACCCGCGGGCUGGUGAGGGCCACCCGCGGCCAGCAGCGCUAGAGGAAGGACCAGCCGAGCCCCUGACAGGUGUCUCCGCCGUAAGUGCCCUUACGCAGUCCCUCGAGGACUGACAGACUUUGCGUUUGUUAUUGCUGCUGCUGCUGCGAUCUUCAAAGAUGAUGUUGGCGGAGCAAGCCCAAAAGUGGUUCCCAACUCACGUGCAAGUUACGGUCCUUCAAGCCAAAGGUCUGAAGCCAAAAGGUAAAAAUGGCAGCAACGAUGCCUACACCAUCAUACAGCUGGGCAAGGAGAAGUACUCCACCUCGGUGGCUGAGAAGACUCUGGAUCCCAUCUGGAAAGAAGAGGCCUCCUUCGAGCUCCCUGGACUACUCAUGCAGGAGAAUCCAGAAAAAUACAUCCUGUACCUGAUUGUCAUGCACAGGUCGCUGGUGGGGCUGGACAGGUUUUUGGGACAGGUAGCCAUAAGUCUGAAUGAUAUAUUUGAAGACAAGCAAAGGCGGAAAACAGAGUGGUUUCCCCUAGAAUCCAGACAAGGGAAGAGGACUAAAGACAGAGGAGAAAUAAACGUCAAUAUUCAGUUUAUGAGGAAUAACAUGACAGCAAGUAUGUUUGAUUUGUCAAUGAAGGACAAAACCAAAUCCCCAUUUGCUAAACUAAAAGACAAAAUGAAGGGUCGGAAAAACGAUGGGACCUUUUCAGAUACAUCCUCUGCAAUCAUCCCAAGCACUCACACAGCUGAUUCAAAUCUAGAGGUGUGUAGUGGUGAAAUGCAAAUGAAAUCAAAACCAAAAAAACCUUUCCUCUUGGGCCCUCAGCGGCUGUCCUCAGCUCACUCCAUGUCAGACCUGACAGGACCCCACGUCUCCUCAGAGAAGAUGAAAUCCAGCACUGUUGGCUACACCCAGCUUUUCAGGCGUCAGCUGGAGUCCUUUGGUUCUGUUGAUGAAGGGGGGAGUCUAAAAUCUCCACACAGAAGGACAUUAAGUGUUGAUACUUCUAAAAUGAGCCAACUUGACAGCACAGUUGAUGAAACUGCACUUGAAGCACAAAAUGACCCAUUUAAUGUGAGUGCUUCAUUACCCCAAAAAUUUGCUACACUGCCAAGACAGAAGAAUCCAUUUGAAGAAAGCCCAGCAACGUGGGAUCAAAACAUAAGUCUGUUCUCCAAACCUGUCGAGAUCAGAAAAGAAAUUAAAAAAGAGAAAAAAGAGAAAGUUAGUCUUUUUGAAAGAGUGACUGGAAAAAAAGAUAGCAAGAGGUCAGAUAAACUUAGCAAUGGGGGAUCAGAGAGUUCUAGUGACUUGAAAUCACCGAGUGCGUUUGGGGAAGCUCAUCAGGAGAGUUUUGAUUAUGAUUCCACUAAUCCGUUUCUGGCAAGCUUCAAGCCUACAAGCAUGUUGCCAUCUUCAAGUUUUAAUGUGAAUCCUUCUGGCUCUGAGGAUCUCAGGAAAAAAACGGAAGGAAAUCCUUUUGAUGCCACUGCAGGAUACCGAAACCUCACUUAUGAGGAGGUUCUGCAGGAGCUGGUGAAACACAAGGAGCAGCUCAAGAAGAAGGACAGCCACAUCCGAGAGCUGGAGGAUUACAUUGACAAUCUGCUGGUGCGGGUGAUGGAGGAGACCCCCAGUAUUCUCAGAGUGCCAUAUGAACCUUCUCGGAAAGCUGGCAAAUUUUCCAAAAGCUGAGAUAGUGCUGCUUUCUGCUGAAUGCAUUAGUGGAAGGAGAUCACACUUUAAUGUUUUGUCUUCUCUUCAUUCCUUUUCUCCUAAGAAACUCCAGCAAAAUGGGGAGGAGGGACAAUGGCGUGGGUUUUUUCCUUUAAUUUUUUUAAUCCAAAUACUAGCAGGGGCUGCCAAAAGUUGUUUUAUGUUAGAUUACUUAGGUAACUUUUUUUUUUUUCUUUUUGAAAAUACAUUUAGGUACAGAAUACUUAAUGAUACAUAAUAAAUAUGUCCAUGCAGUUUAUAUAAUGGCUUAGUGUUCACCAUGUGGCAGUUUCACCAGAGAAGCCUGUGCUGUUAUGAAUGUUUUCUUGAAUGAUUAUCGGUAUUAGGCAAAUACAUUGUUCUUUUUUUACAGCAUGCCAUCAAGACCACUGUUUUCAAUCCAGUGUAGUACUCUACUAAACCUAAGUGUGAUUUGUUGCAAUGGAAUGUAGUCCUGCACAUAUUAGAGGCAAACAGUGAUGCACAAUCCUUGCAGAGUAAAUGCUGUAUUCUAUACAAUGUGCUUUUUCUAUAACAAUGUAAAAAAAAACCCGUGCCAUUUCUGUCAUGGCACAUGCUGGAACCAGUUAUUUUACACUUAAAUGCUGAAUUUUGUGUAUGAUGAGUGAACUUUGGUAGUGAGCUCAUGACAUAAAGUUGUUUUGAGGAUCUUUUUGUAUGAAGUUACUGCAUGCUUUUUCAUGUGUUAAAAGUACUUUGAACAGUGUUCACAGAGUCAGAGGUACAACUGGAGAACUCAAGUAUGGAAUAAGGAAAUAAAUACUUCUGUUCAGUCGAAGUCUACUGCCAUGAAAAUGUAGCAGAAAUGGAGAGGCUGACUUAAAUAGACAUGAUAAAUCAAUUUAAGGUUGAAUUUUACAUGAUAUAUAGUGUCUUAACUUUUUAAAUCUUAUGACCACAAAGCAUAUGCCUUUAGACAUAGGCCAUGUUGCUUGAACACAUAUAGAGUACUUAGGCUUUUCAUUAAAAAUGUCUGUAUUCCAUGUAAAUAGUUCUAAAAGUCAGUUCUCACUGAGAAAAAUGAAAGAAGAAUGUAGUAAAUAUCUUCCUGAUCAUUUAAUAUUUGUUUGUAAAAUGAUGUAUGAAAAAGGUAUCUGUUAUUCAAUGAGUUGGAAAAAUAUAGUGAUGAAGGUACAAUGGGAAAAUACUCUAGGAGAACCCUCAAAAUAUUAAGAUGAAUAGAUUUGAACUUUAAUUUCCUUAAUAAGAGUCUUACUUAGAUUUUCUGUUGCUGUGAAACAGAAAAAUGUUAUUUAAAACAUGUACAGAGAAUAUUUUAGAUUUGGAUUUAAGAUAACCAUCUUUUCUUCUCUUUCUGCACCUGAUCUGUUGGGGUUUUUUACAGCACCAUGACAUGGCUGCUGCUGAGGUGUCCAAAAAGCUUGAAAUUAUAUUCCAAUUUUGUUGUUGUUGUUGUUGUAAAAUAUUUUAAUACAUUUUCAUUUUUAAAACUGCAGAAAUUGGUAAUAUCUUGAAUACUUAUAUGUGGAAGGGUUGAGAAAGUUCUCUCUGCCUGCUUUUGAUGUCAUUAGUAUUGUAGGACAGCACAGAAGUAUUCUAGUUACAAAAAAAACUUCUUUGUACAAAUAUUCUCAGAUUUCAUUUACUCAUUUUUUGGCUUUUUCUCCUUUAUUUUCUUCUUUUAUUUAGCAGCUACCUCCCAGUCCCCAUUUAGCACUGUCCCUAAAAUGUGUGCAGCCAGAGUUCCCAAGCCACCAGUGGGAUCCCUUUGUGUGGAUCCCUGUGCCUGGAUGGAUCCUGAGAGGUCCCAGCCCUGCCCAGCUGUAGAGCUCUGCAUUUGUGUUUUGUAGUGCAGAAAUCCAUCCCCCACCUGGCAGUGUCUCUCUUGUCAGCCUGAGGAUGUCUCAAGUUUGGGUACCUCAAAAACCACGUGAAUGUUCUUUUGACCCACUUAAGGUCUCGACGACUGUAAAUUUGUUAUAAUAUAUUCAAAGUGCCAAAGGUUAUGCACUAGUUCAUGGUAUGCUUGCUGAUGGAAGUUGGGGUUUACACUCAAUUAGAUUUUCUUUUUCUAAUUAGACCAGGAUGUGUUUCAGUUACUCAGUAUUUCCAUAAAAGUUCUUAAACAUUUUCAAAUGCUUGGCCAAAGCCAGUGGUUUUCUCCUGUUGUGGACUGGGAAAUGUUCUGCAAUAGUUUUGAAUUCCACUAAUUUUCAGCUAACUGGUAUGAGACCAUCUCUACUAUCCACAGUGCUUAAAUCACCCACACCAGUGAGGAUUAACAACUGCACUAACCAGAGAAUGUGCUCCAGUGACUUCUCACUUGCAAGCCAACUUAUAAUUAUUAAAAUGAAACUCUACUAUAUUUAGCACCUCUGAAAUCACUUCUUUUAGAAUGUAAAUGUAGAAUAUCAAACUGCAUAAUUGACUAAAAGCAGAUCAUUUGACAUAUUUGCAUACCAAGAACGAUAAGCAGAUUAAAGGUAGCGAAAAGAUCAAUUUUUGUGCAUUAGUGAAGAAAUUUAGUGAAGCUUUGAAUGUGCUAUCUAGUCUAUCUGAUCUCUGGUGAAUAAAAGCACCUUUUGUUUCUAACAAAUUGUCAAGAAAGAGGAGAGAGCAACAAAUGCAAUUUAGGAAAAGGUAAAGUUGCUGAGAGGCAGAAUGGGACAUUAAAAUUAUGAAGAUAUUUUUAUAGAGUUUAUAGGUAAAAAUACAGGCUACUUUUGGAGCAAUUCUUGAAAGGUUACAUACACAUCAUUUUCUGCUUAGAAAGAAAAUUUUGGCAUUUUCCUAUAUUCUGAGAUUAUUUUUAAAAAGCAUCUUUACCCCACAUGUAUUUUUUGAACCAUGCAGCUUUCAAAUUAAAACUUCUCAUACAGAGUAACUUGUAUGUUGAAAACAAAGGAAGUUCUGUUUUUCCCAUAGGAUAAAAUUGUAGACUUUCUUGCAGAUCAUUUUAAACCCAUAAAAACUUGCCACUUGUGAUCAGUCUUUCUUGCCCUUUAAAAUAUAGGCAUGAAAAUUUUGAACAUCUCUGUAUUACUUUGAUAUUUUCUCUCCUAAAUUAGCAAAAGAGUUCAUCCAUGCACGCACUAUAUUUUGAAAUUAUCCUUUGAAACAGCUCUGCCAUGUAUUUUGCUUACUUAAAAGGACAAAUAUGAAGGCCAUACUUUAAUGUUGUAAGUCAGAAAUGUAAACUUUCUGCCAUUCAAGAGGGAUGUUUAAUAUUUAUGUAUGUUACCUCUUGCUGCUGUAUUUUAAGUUUAGCUUGGUUUUCCACCUUCUAAUGAAUGUAGCAUUCUCUCUAGAUUAUAACUGCAUUUAUUGCUGUUGGCUCUGUGUCAAGAACUAUUUGUAAUUUUCCAGCUGUGGAAAUGCUGCCUUGUAUUUAGAAAGGUUUCAUGAUUUGGGGACCUGAUGAAAAUCAUGCUCAUUAGAUACUAGCCUGCAUUUCUUUCUGUACAGGAUGCCCCUUCUUGGAUGCAUCUUAAAACAAACAGAACUGCUGUCUUAAUGUGUUUACUGCUGCACUGGGGGUUUAUUUAUGCUUCCAGCUUUAAAGAAAGAUUAUUGUCCUACAUCAAGUAUGUAAAGUGAGCUGAUGCUUUUCUGCUCUUUGCUGUUGUAGAUAUGAUAGAGGUGUUAGCUGGGCUUUUACAAUGGUGAAUUUAGAGCAUGUUGACUAACUUGCCCUUCUUUGAAGUACUUGCUGGAGGAUUAUAGCUCUGCUGUGUUCAUGAUGCUAGAUUUAAGGGUCUGUCAGCACUUUCAGUAGGAAACCCUAUUUUCAGGGAUUUGUAACUUAAAAUUUCAAUGCAGUCACUGGAAGUAUUUAAUAUGCAAUAGGUAGCACUUUAAUCUGUUGAUGAAGGGGUUUGAGAUUUGUUUCUGUUGAAAAGGUCACGGUCUCCUAAAGCAUGGUGGGCAUUUGCUUUAUCUUUUAUAAUUUCUAUGUUGAGGAAGCCACUGUAUGGUACAAGUGGUUGAGCCAUUCCUAUUCAUCUUAGAAGCUUCCAGAUGUAUUACAGUGGAUUAUAAAAAGCUGAAGAUCCAGGUUAUAUAGGAAGUCUGUAAAAGAUAGGAUCUCUACUUAUAACUUAAGGGUUUUAUUUUGUCUUGUGCAUCAAUGGUUGUUUGUCUACAUUUAAUAAUGGUACAGAAUCAUAACUAUAUGCACUUGUGAGAACUAUAGACUUAGAAUGCAUGAAAAACUUUAUUUUUGUUCCAUUAUUGCAACUUCAGAUCCUUUAAUUUGAUGAAAAUGUUAUCUUAAUAUUUUAAUUUCUGUUCAUUAAAUAAAUAUUGCAUGUCUAACACUAAUAAAGCACCACAAUGCACUACUGCAGUA